AUGAUUGCACCAUUCUUCGACGCACCUCCUUCACUUCUGCGAAAACCCGACGGUUCAGUUCUGUUUGAAUGCAUUUGUAAUGGAAACCCUCAGCCAACUAUUCAAUGGUUCUUCAAAGACCAGGAACUGAAAGAUGCCAGACACGAGCAGAAAAUCAAGAAAAGUGUUGGCAAAUGGACGGUUCAAAUGAUAAUGAAGAAUCCGACACAAGAAGAUCAAGGUAUCUACAAAGUGGUCGCAACGAAUCAAGCUGGUACUCAUUCCGUUCAGCAGAACUACAUUCACAUAUGCACUGCAGACGAGAUCUUCAAAACCCAGUAG